AGAGCGCGUGUGUGAUGUGUUUGUGUAUCCUCAGUGUUUUUCUCUCUUGCGUGUUUUAUUGAGUGUAAACAGAGUCUUGUCUCUGUGUAUUUAAGUGUUGAGACGAUAAUGAUGUGCUGUGCUGUAAAUCAGUAUGAACUGAUCUGUCCAUGCUGGAUAUAUUGAUGAUUUCAUUACAGAAAUCUCUCAGCUGAAGAAAGGAGAUUUAGCAAUGAAUCGAGAGGAUGUGGAUUGUUGUGAAUCUUCAGUGUAUGUGACUGAUGAUGGGAGUCUGGAUUCAGUGUGGAUGAGCAGAGAUCAGAGCGGCACACCACAGCCACUGCUGGACUCUAAACACUCUGAAGAGAAAUACAGACACACACAGGACUCCGAUCUCAGUCUGACUUUACUCUGUUAUACUGAGUCAAAGCCCACAGACACUCAGGACACUACAGUGUGUGACAGUAAACAGAGCUUACAGGAGGAUCAAACCUCCACAGAGUCUCUGGAUUCUGUCUGUAACGCUGGAGAACAGCAGCAGAUCCUGCAGACCAAACUGAAGAUGUGUUCAGUUAAACUCAUCGACUGCACGAAGCUCAUGAUGAAAAUCAAAACUGAACCCACAGAAAUCAAAACUGAACCCACAGAAAUAAAAACUGAACCCACGGAAAUCAAAACUGAAGCCACAGAAAUAAAAACUGAACCGACAGAAGAGGAAGAUCGCAAUGAGGAAGAUGAUGAUUUUAUUCCAUCAGAUGUGAAGAGUGAUUCAUGUUUGGAUAUAGAAAUAACGUCCUCAACAUCAAAAGAGCGACUGACAGCACAAACUCUUUCCUGCAUCACCUGUGGAAAGACAUUCAGCUCACAGAGACUUUUAGAGAGACAUGAGAGAAAACACACAGAACAGAAACUCUACACCAAUUCUGAGAUCAGCUUUACUACCUUACAAGAGAAGAAACUUCAUUCAGAAGAGCACACAGAGAAGAAGAAGCAGCAGUUUCACUGUGAGCAGUGUGAGAGGAUUUUUGUCUCUUCCCAUAGUCUAAAUGUUCACAUGAGGACACACAGUGAUGAAAAGCCUUUCAACUGCACUGAAUGUGGAAAUUACUUCAGAACCAAACAAUAUCUUAAAGUCCAUCAGAGAGUUCACACUGGAGAAAAACCUUACGAGUGUCCUCACUGUGAGAAGAGAUUUAGCCGUAAACGUGGUCUGAAGAGACAUGUGCGUUCACACACCAAUGAGAGACCGUAUCAGUGCAGUGAAUGUGACAAAACCUUUAGGGAUUCACGCUCUUUAAAAAAACACCAGAAUACUCACAUUAAAGAGAAACUCCAUCAGUGUUCACACUGUGAUAAAUGUUACGGUCAUAAAUAUCAGCUGAUAGUCCAUGAGAGAGUUCAUACUGGAGAAAAACCUUAUCACUGUAGUGUCUGUGGGAAGAGUUUUAGUAAAAAAACUACAUUACUAUGUCAUAAGAGAAUUCAUACAGGUGAAAAACCUUACAAAUGCUCUCAGUGUGACAUGACAUUUGCUUAUUCAGGUCACUUCAAUGUCCAUCAGAGAGUUCACACUGGAGAGAAACCUUACGUCUGCUCUCACUGUGGAAAGAGCUUUUCUAGUUCAUCUAUAUUCAGAGUUCAUCAAAAAGUUCAUACUGGAGAGAAACCUUACGUCUGCUCUCACUGUGGAAAGAGCUUCUCUAGUUCAUCUCAUUUAAUAGUUCAUCAAAGAGUUCAUACUGGAGAGAAACCUCAUCACUGUAAUGUUUGUGGGAAGAGUUUUAGUCAAAAAACUACAUUACUAUGUCACAAGAGAAUUCAUACAGGUGAAAGACCUUACAAAUGCUCUCAGUGUGACAUGACGUUUGCUCAGUCAAAUUCCUUAAAAUCCCAUGAGAGAAUACAUACUGGAGAGAAACCUUAUCACUGUAGUGUCUGUGGUAAGAGUUUUACUCAAGGGUCUUCAUUACUAAAGCACAAGAGAGUUCAUACAGGUGAAAAACCUUUCAAAUGCUCUCAGUGUGACAAGAUGUUUACUUGUUCAAGUAACUUAAGAUACCAUCAGAGAGUUCAUACUGGAGAGAAACCUUAAAGCUGAAGGUAUACUCAGGGUUUCCGCGGGGUUGUAAAAGGUAGUAAAAGGUAGUAAAUUAAAUUAUGCCAAAUUAAGGCCAGUAAAAAGUAGUAAAAAGUAGUAAGCGUCAUCUGUCGAGGUAGUAAAUUUUCGAUUGCUUUUUGUAACGUUAUGAUGCCUGGAAAUUAGUUCAAAUCACCUGCAUAUCUGGGCAAAUAAUCAAAGAUCUUUCGUCUCUGGGAUGUGAUCAAAGCCUGGAGUGGAACCAAAUCACGUUCCUCUCUCCGCUGUAAGCGUUCUGUAAUCACUACGGACCGGAUCCACUCCGGGUUUUCUGACUUUAUCACGUUAAGCUGAGGUAAAAGUUUAUUUCAGCUAGCAUGGUCAAACUUAUAAUGCAGGAAGGCUCCGAUGUUUUGAAGAUUGAUAAAGGUGUAAAAGACGAUUGACUUGGCUUAGCGAAAUGAUGAAGAUUGGCAAGCCUUUCAGGUCGUGGGCUAAGAAAACCAAACAGGUAAUUGCGUGUCUUUGCACAGUAUGACUAACGUAAAGGGUCCUGUAUUUUGGGGGUAAAUGAUUUCUCACUUUACUGAUCAUCCGCGGCACGCUUUUUAAUGCUAUGCUGAUAUAGCCAGUGGCUGGUACAACGGGUUUGUUUAACUCGUGGGUAAACUUCAUGUGGCGCCACAACAACCAAAAGGCAGAUGACAUCCAAAUCCCUUGAGAGCGAAUGACGAGGAAUCAUAAGAGGAGACUGCUUCCGAAAUUAUCUCGCGGGACUUUGAUGUCAUCCACCUGUCGGUUCUUGCAGUUGCAUUUGCGUGUGGUGACAAAAACGUAACAUAUAUUUAAGCACAGCCGUUUAAAAACAAGUGAUUUUAAGCCAUUCAAACACAAACAACAGUGCGUCCGCUGUUUCUGUGUCAGAGGAGCACGCUAGCCGCACAUUCGUUUCUCAUUGAGCUUGUGUUGUACGUAUUUUUGCCGCUUUAUUGGCCUUAAAUAACACAUAUGCCUCAAAAAUCCCGUCUUUGCAAAUAUCCUCAUAUAAACACGACCAUUUAGGUCUUAGAAGAAAGUAAACAGCAGAAACAUUGCGCAUAAACUAGCACAUCAGCGCUGCCUCUAUUGUAACAUAAUAAUUUGUUGAUAAAGGUACAGUCAUUCAAUUAACAACUGUCACUAUGGUUACAGACAUCCUGUGCGAAUUCUACACGAGUUUGACUCGAGUUACUCGUUCAGGGUUUAUAUUCAUACAUAACGUUACUGUAUUAGAGCUGUAACUGUAAGCUGUUGUGUGAACAGAACAGACCCUGGAUUAUUCGUUUAUGUGUUCUGAAUAAUAUGAUAUGAAAAAGUUGUAUUUGUUCACAUUAGUAAAUGCAUUUUAUAACAUGAACAAACAAUGAAAAAUAUAGAGUAUAUAAUCAUUAAUUAAUUCUUGUUUAUGUCAUUACAGUAAUUGACGGUGGUUCACGGUGUAUUCACUAAUGUUAACAGUUUCAACUUUGAUUAAAAAAUUAUUGGUUAAUGCUAAAAUAAAUACAUUUACAAUUAAUAAAUAAUUAAUCAAAGAUUCAUUAAAGGUGGUGAUAUUCAUGUUUUCUUUUUAUACAGUAUAGUGAGUUAUUUAGCAGUUUCGCCUUAAUCUGAAAUGCCCUGCAAACUACAGCUACCUAUAUGCCACAUGAGACUUCAAUAUGGAAUAUGAAAAAUCUCCCCUUAAAAUGCUAUUGGUCUCGCCUACAUAAAGUGUUAGGUAAAGGAAUAUGACUUGGCCUGAAAAAUAUUUCAGUCAGAAGAAUUUUUUUCACUUUAAUUCUUUUUUGUAUGUUAUAUAUGUCAAAAUCUGUGUAAAUAAUAGAAAGGUCGCUGAUUAACUCUUGCAAUUCAGUGUCGUGAUGGUUUUAAAAAAUAUUCUGAAGGUUGUAAAAAAGGUAGUAAAAAGUAGUAAAUUUAACUUAAGGAUUUCUGUAUAAACCCUGAUACUGGGGGGUCUGCAUGACGUCAUUUUUGUCAUCAGAAGAAAAUGACCGUACAGGUUCAACAGCAAAUGUGUGAGAAAAUAUUGGGACAGAACACCCCACUACAAACAAUUAGGGCACACUCACACUAUCCAAACCGCGCUCGGGCACGUUUGACCCCCAAAGCCUGGUUUGUUUGACUAGUAUGAUUGUUCUGUUCCGUGCCCGGGUGCGGAUUGGUUAAUUGCGUCGCGGCCGGGUUGCAGAGGUGGGCUCAGCACGGAAGGAUGUGGUGUGAGCGCAAUCGCGCCUGAGCGCGAUUCAAAAGGUGAAGACUUCAGUUGCGCGCCCACUCACCUUCAUCUGCCUCUGUAAAAACCUUUUGAUGCGAGCAGCGGGGUUAGGUGAAUGUUCGAGCUGCACACGCGACAGAUCAACUAAGCAAUAUGAUGACAUGUGAGAGGGCUGUCUGUUAUCACGCACCAAACGACUCCGAAUAAAAACACAGACUUAUCAUUACGGUGGGUUCCAGUGUUAAGAGAGUGAUUUACUUCCUGCUUUUUUCGAAACAAUCGCAUCUUAAUGAGGAAAGCGCGCCUGGACUCGGAUCGAUAAAAGUACAGUGUGAGUGCGUGCACCUGGGGGAGUAUGGAGGUUUGACAAUCGUGCUGGGGCAUGGUUUGGUUUGGUUUGGUUUGGAUAAUGUGAGUGCACCCUUACACAAAGGCAAUAGAAAGCAUUUGCACACACACUAUUCAAUUCAAUUUUUCAAUUAUUUAAAGAACAGAAAGCUGUGGAGCAUUUUCGUCACCUUAAUGUUUGACUCCUUGUCUUUGUUUUCUUCUUGUUUCUUCUAAACUUUGUUUGCCAUGGUGGAUCCUCUACUUUUCUUCACCUAUCCUGCAUUUUUUCCGUUGCAUAGUACCUCACGGUUUGGUGUCAGUUUACUUUUGGGAGCUUUUUCACUGAGUGAAGUACAUAGUACCCGAUACUUUUUUUAGGACCACCUCGGUUGGGGUUCCAAGUGACCUGAGCUGAGACCAAACGUGACGCGAAAACACUGUAGAUCACUGAUUGGUCUGAGAGAAUCGUCACUAUCAGUGUAAUUGCUAUAAUGUAAAAGAUUAGCUUUACCUUAGUGCUAGCUUGCGAUGUCUCGAGCAAACAUGUUGUCAUCUGUGCUCUGCUAUAAGUUCCCAAACUCCCUUUAGCGAUGAAAAACAUCUACAGGUUGAGAAUCAAGAACACAAUAACAGGACUUGCAGUUUUUUGGCGGCACAUUCGCAACGCGCACGUAUGCUUAAAUGCCACUUAUGAGGCUUAGCGGAGCUCGUUAACUGACGCCACAGGUGUUUGUACAGAAACUGUCAUGUGAGACAGAGGUAGUGUUAAACGCGAUGUGCAAACAUCUAUUUUGGUGAUCAAUUUUAGUUUUGUGGCAGACUGAGAUAAAUGAAUGUAUGGGAAUGUACAACAAUGCUCUCACUUGUAUGAUGUCACAGCAGUAGGCAGCGCACAUAUAACGACACGCCUAUAAUCCCUCCCAUCUGAAAUAAUACUAACUCGAUGGAAAAGCUAACCAAGCCAAAGUGAAGUGAGCUGACCCGACCUGACUCGCAAAUCAGUGCGGCUCUGACGGCCUGGUAGAGUAAUAAUUUGAAUGAGAAAUCAUUUGUAUUGUGUAGAGUCGUGGCCAAAAGUUUUGAGAAUUACAUAAAUAUUGGAAAUUGGAAAAGUUGCUGUUUAAGUUUUUAGAAUAGCAAAGUGCAUAUACUCCAGAAUGUUGAAUGGAGAGUGAUCAGAUGAAUUGCAUAGUCCUUCUUUGCCAGCAAAACUAAUUUAGGCCUACGCCACACGGACAUGGGUAUUUUUUAUAACCGUGAGUUUUUUCACGCGGUUCGGCCGUUCAUCCACACGAAACCGCAGUAUCAGGGCACUGAAACCGAGCAUAAUUGAAAACCCAAGCCAGGGUGAGCUUUUUAAGAAACCCCGGUUACAGUGGUGUCGUGUAGAGAGUAAGGUUUUGCCUUGCGACGUCAGAGUGUGCGCCGCUAUCCACUGUGUUUGACAUCAAGAUUGUGCGCCACGACUGCUUUGUUGAUGAUUCUGUGCAAUGGCGGACGUAUCUUGCUAAUAAUAACUGUGCCAACAGGGCUUCUAACAUGUAUACAGAUACAUCACUAUAUUGCGGAACACGAUUUGGGUUAUAUCCCCGCCUGCUGGUGUGGCAUGCUCUUGACAGCGCUUGAUAGCGUGCUUUUGCUUUAUCGUGUGGAUGGAUAUUUAAUUUAAACCGAGCAUGUGUGGACGGGAUUUUUUGGGGGAAAAAUCCAUUUAUAAAUAUACCCGUGUCCGUGUGGACUAGGCCUCAAUCUUAAAAAAACCUUUCUACUGCAUUUCAUUGCUGUCAUUAAAUGACCUGCUGAGAUCAUUUCAGUAAUCAUCUUGUUUACUCAGGUGAGAAUGUUGAUGAGCACAAGGCUGGAGAUCAUUAUGUCAGGCUGAUUGGGUUAGAAUGGCACACUUGACAGUUUAAAAGAAGGGUGAUGCUUGAAAUAAAAAUGGCUUCACAGGCAAGGAUCUUGUGGCUACUAAGAUUGCACCCAAAUCAACAAUCUAUAGAAUCAUCAAGAACUUCAAGGAAAGAGGUUCAAUUCUUGUAAAGAAGGCUUCAGUGUGUCCAAGAAAGUCCAGCAAGUGCCAGGAUCGUCUCCUAAAGAGGAUUCAGCUGCGGGAUCGGAGUGCCACGUUUGCUCAGGAAUGGCAGCAGGAAGGUGUGAGCGCAUCUGCACGCACAGUGAGGCGAAGACUUUUGGAAGAUGGCCUGGUGUCAAGAAGGGCAGCAAAGAAGCCACUUCUCUCCAAAAAUAAACCAUCAGGGAUAGAUUGACCUUCUGCAAAGUAUAGUGAAUGGACUCCUGAGGACUGGGGCAAAGUCAUUUUCUCAGAUGAAGCCCCUUUCCGUCUGUUUGGGGCAUCUGGAAAAAGGCUUGGAGAAUAACAGGUGAGUGCUACCAUCAGUCCUGGUCAUGCCAACAGUAAAGCAUCGUAAAACCAUUCAUGUGCAUUUGUUUCUCAUCCAAGGGAGUAGGCUCACUCACAAUUCUGCCCAAAAACACAGCCAUGAAUAAAAAAUGGUACCAAAAUACCCUCCAACAGCAACUUCUUCCAACAAUCCAACAACAGUUUGGUGAAGAACAAUGCAUUUUCCAGCACGAUGGAGCGCCGUGCCAUAAGGCAAAAGUGAUAACUAAGUGGCUCUGGGACCAGAACGUUGAAAUUUUGGGUCCAUGGUCUGGAAACUCCCCAGAUCUUAAUCCCAUUGAGAACUUGCGGUCAAUCCUCAAGAGGCGGGUGGACAAAAAAAACCCCACAAAUUCUGACAAACUCCAAGAAGUGACUAUGAAAGAAUGAGUUGCUAUCAGUCAGGAUUUGGUCCCGAAGUUGAUUAAGAGCACGCCCAGUCGAAUUGCAGAGGACCUGAAAAAGAACGGCCAACACUGCAAAUACUAACUCCUUGCAUAAAUGUCAUGUUAUUGUCGAUAAAAGCCUUUGAAACGUAUGAAGUGCUUGUAAUUAUAUUUCAGUAUAUGAUAGAAACAACUGAAACAAAGAUCUUAAAACAGUUUAGCAGCAAACUUUGUGAAAACUAAUAUUUAUGUAAUUCUCAAAACUUUUGGCCACGACUGUACAUGUUCAACACGGGUAGCUGAGUAUGCUUUGAAAGCUGUCUGUGAGCCGGACACGGAAAAAGUAUACCCCGCCGUUAAGUCUGCUCUCACUGUGGAAUAAGCUUCUCUAAUCCAUUUCAAUUCAGAGAUCAUCAAAGAGUUCAUACUGGAGAGAAACCAUAAAGGCUGGGUAUACCUUUUUUCCGCGUCCGGCUCGCACGCGUCCGUGCAGCUUUCCAAGUAUACUCCCCACGGCUACACACGAAUGGCCGCGUUUGACACUAUAUGCAAUACAAAUGAUUUAUUAUUCAAAUUAUUACUCUACCAGCCCGUUAGGGCAGCACUGAUUUGGCGACAUUUACAGUACAUUAAAACAUUAGGAUAGGUGAAGAAAAGUAACCAAUCCACCAUUGCAACCACAGUUUAUAACAAACAACAAGACAACAAAGAGCAGGAAUCAAACAUUAUGAUAACAAACAUGCUCCACAGCUUUCUGUUCUUGGAAGAAGUAAAAGUUAAAGAAGAAAAUCGAUAGUGUGUGUGCAAAUGCGGUCUAUUUCCUUUGUAUAAUUGUUUGUAGUGGAGUAUCCUGUCUAAAUAUUUCCACGCGCAUGAGCUGUUGUACUGUAUGUGCACUCAAAUUUUGGGCUGCACGCGGACCCUCCUGAUGACGAAAAUUAAGUCCCUAGUAUACUUCCGGCUUAACACAGUAGUGUCUGUGGGAAGAGUUAAUCAACAGUCAAACUUCAUAAAGCACCAGUGACCUUAAUAAGGUUAUGACACCAAAAACAGUUUUACAUAUUAUUAAAGAGUAACUAAACUCUAAACCAACUUUUUUUGUAAAAAUGCCUGACUGCUGCCCUCCUCAGGUCGAUCUGUGGCUACUGAAGUUGAAUUUUCCUAUUGGAUGUUGCGGUACUAAGUUACUUAAGCUGUACGGUGUGACAUAAGCAGGUUCAAGCUCGCCUCACCCUUGUUACGAUCUCACCACACCCUUGGCAAAAUUCUCCAUUUUAGAGGCUGACAGCAGCAGCCCCCAAAUCAGCCCCACCCUCGGUUCGUCCCCUCUAUCUCCAUUGGGGUCUGCCCAAUUUUCUUGCAUUUUUCAAAUAUUGCCAGUGCUGGAGUCAGGCUCUGACCUGGGGCCGGUUGCACGUAAAAAUAUUGGGUGUAAGUCCUACGUCGGCCUUAGCUACGUCGGACAUUGUGAAAAACAUUUACGCCUGUUGCACCAUCUAAAACUACGACCAAACGCAGCUACGCUCAGUGUCGAUGAUGCACACCCCAACGUAUGCGUUUAACACUGAUAUUUAAACGCCGUUCGCAUUUACUAUGGCAAAAAUGGUACACUAAUAGAUGACAUAUGAGAGCUUACCCCAUGUUUACCAGUGCGCUCUCCCUCAAGAUGCGUGCGUGUAGACUCAUCAAACACAUUAUAACAGUUCUAGUUUCAAACAAAAUUAAAUCAAAGCUUUUAAUAAGUUCUCUACAGUGUCUUUGUAAGUAUUUAUGUAUUUUAUUAUAUAAUUUAUUAGGGGUCUCUCUACCAUGCAUGAAAGCACAUUGCGUAUCCUGUACGUCUUGUCACAUUUCAUUAUUUCUAUUUAGGAUUGUGAAUUGAAACCAACGGCUCAGUCUACCAUUCACCAGAACGCAUAGAGAAUCUAUGGUAGUCGCCAAAGGACAAACAUGUUGUUGUCUAAGACAAAAUAAAAAUGUGCUUUGUAGAGCAGUUUGUUCGUUUAGUGCUACUGUAGAAACAUGGCGGCAUGAAAUGGCGACUUCCAUGUGAGGGGACCCGCUGUGUAUGUAGAUAAAAUCGGCUCAUUGUAAGGUAAUAAACACAUAACUGAUAAUUAUGUAAGGUAUUUAUACACCACUGAUAAUAUAGUUGUGUAUAUUAUAUUGCAUUUCUGUCAAGAGGUCCUUCUAAAAGCUGCACACUGCACCUUUAAGUCUCAGACGUGCGCUACGGCUAGAUGGUGCAACAGGUGUCAAUUCUAAGUCCGAUAUAAAGUGCUUUUUACGUCCAGAGUAGUCUUACAACUGGGUUUACCGCCCAGCUGGUGCAACUGGCUCUGGGGGUUUAGUUACCCUUUAAUAGUAAAAUAAGAACAAAUAAUCAAAUGAUGAGCAAUAUCGCAGAUAAAUUCAACAGAACAAACAUACAAAUGAAAUAAAACUGUGCUGUUUAGGUUUUUCAGAUUAAUCUAACAGUUCUGUAUUUUGGAGGUAAGGUGCCAAGCUGGUAAAGAGUGUAUGUGUCUGAGAGCAUCCAUACUGUUCAUAACUAUAUACAAUAGUGUUAAUUCAUGUUGUUUUUUAUAUUUUAUUUACACUUAUCAUUUUUAUCUCUUUUAUAAACUAUUUUUUAUGUGUCAAACUUAUACAUAUAAAAUAGUUUAUAUUGUGUGCUGUGUGAUUUUACAUACUGUUUUCAAAGUUUUAAUUUCAUGGGACCACAAUGUCAUUCAUUGUUCAUUUAAGAAAGGAACUGUUCAUAUUAUUCAGUAAAUGCUUUGUUCAUUUUUACAAUGAUUAUGUCUCCUGACUUCUGCUAUAGGCCUAUUCUCUGGGCUGGUAAAUUAAAGUUUACAUAAUUAUUUAGUAUUUUGUCUUUUUAUUCUUUCUAGGAAAGUUAAAGGACCUGUUAUUGCACAGAGAUCAUCUUGACCAGAUACACAGUGUGAUAUGUUAGCACAAUAGAAAUUAACUGCAAGAG